CCUCUCCGAUCCUUUCAUUUUCCGGGAUUAUUCAUCUUCCAAAAGUAGACACUACCGGUAGCUAGCUACUAGCUAGCUAGGGCACAAGCAAUCAAGCAGUUAGUCCUAGCUUGUGGCGCUCCUAUUAUUACUAUCUACCUCUCCUAAUAUAGUAUCUCGACAAUGAACGAACAACUCAACGCAGCGGCAGCGGCAGCGGCAGGCGACCAAAGUGACGAUGACGAAGAUACUAGUAAUAGCAAUAAUAGAGAGUCGUUUGCAUGUCCGCGUCACGACUUCCGCAUGAAUUUGACGGCGACGGAACGGCACGAAGCGUUGGCCAUCAAGACGGCGAUCGAAGCUUGUCCCGAUAUAGACGAUUUGCCGGAUUUUGACUAUGUGCAAUUGGCAUUGGUGGAUCACUCUAAUGUUGAACGCGCCUUGGAACGAGCGAGGCACUUUCAAACGGUGCGAGCGGAAUAUGGGUUUCAGGACUCCUACGACGAAAACGUGCGAUUGGUCGAACACUUUAUGCAACUAAUGCCCAAAUUCAUGUUGGAUUUGGCGUACAAUCAAGACGAGGGCAACUACAUUUUGGUGGUGGACAUUGCCAAUUUUGAAGAAACCAAAAUUCGCACGGUCGAAGAUGACAAGGCACUCAUGGGGACGGCGUUGAACAUCGGCCACUUUUUGUGUCCCGACUUUUUUGCCAUUCGACAGGGAGCUUAUGCCGUCAUGGAAACCGAAGGAUACAAUUGGAAACAGUACACGAUGAAAACCAGACGACGCAUUUGGCAAGAAGUAUUGGGCAUCUAUCCCGUCAAUGUCAAACAGUUAAAGUACUUCAAUACCGGGCUCGUGGCCAAUCUGGCUGCUUCCCUCAUGAAACGCUUUCUUCCAUUGGAACUAUUCUCCAAAAUUCAAGUGGGAUGCACAUUUAGUAAUGGUGGUCGUCUCGAUACCUUUUAUGCCGUACCAUCCCACCAAGUGGCCAAUCAACGAUUCCAGGCUAGAGCAAAGCAAUGCCUGCAAAUUCGAUACGAACACCGACGAACCUUUCGGUUGAAUCCAGAUGAACAGCAAGAUGGCGAGCAAGCAGAACAACAACAAGUAGGGCAACCACAGACAGCAGGAGACGUCGAAGAGCCGUAAUAAGUCAUGAAAGUGGGUCGACAAUUUAAUCAACAGUCGUUUUGGGACAGCUUUCUUCUGUUCGCUCGGGGAAUGAUGCACACCUUGCUGCCUGGCUACCGUAGGAGUGACGUCGAAAAUAUAAAGGACAGACAACCCUCACAAUUCGCACUCCAUUCUGACAGCAACCUGCAUUGGGGUUCCCAUCCUUCACAGAUAAUGAUGAUGCCUACGCGGUGCGACAACGUACGGUACUUUACAGUUCGAGUGACUGUCGGAUGAUGAGGCCGCACCCUGCGGAGGAGUCGAGUCUGCUGUGCUGCAAGGAAUGAGCAAGUCUAGAAAGACUAGCUAGUCCGGCAGGCAGGAAACGUUGCAGUCGACCAUUGUAUGCGGUUGCCAAGCCAACAAAUUGGUAUGGUCUAGCUAGCAAGCAUGGCCCUCAUUCAUGACUGACUGACUGUUGGCUCAACCGAAGAAUUGACAGGAAGAUUCGAUUGAUUGAUUCAAAUAACUCGAGCAGAUGAUUUAACUUGUAACAUGCACCUCAACGUUUCAUUUUAGUUCAGUUCGCUCUAAUCUUACCGUACAU